CUUGCCCACCGAUCUCCCUCUCUCUCGACACUCCGUCGUCCGCCGCAAUGCCUUCCACAGACACUGCCUCGUACCAAGACGGCGCCGACUCCCAACACUACCUCUCCAGCUCCCUGUCCAGCCUCUCGCGCUCCAAAACCACCAGCUCCUUCAUCGUCCGCACCUACAAGCAAGCCACCCAACUCUACCUCACCCGCCGCUUCAAAGAGGCCCUAGACACCCUUGAGCCUAUCAUCAGCCCGCAACCUGCUUCGGAAAACGGACACUCCAACGGCCACCGCAGCAAUGGCUACUCCUCCGAUCUGGCGCACAGCGCAGCGGGACCGGCGCCCGUCGCGCAAGCAUCGCGCAGCACCAGGACCAAAGUCUGGGUCUUCUACCUGAGCCUCCUCAACUCCAUCAUCACCUUGGGCAGCGAAGAAGGGCGCGUCAUCUUCGGCGGGGCGAAGUGGAAGGAAAUCACGGCAAAGGUGCAGAGCGGCUCGGUGUGGGACGAGGUGGUCCAGCGCGGAUACGGCGGGCAAGAUGGAGACGUCGAUGCAGAUGUCGUCGUCAACCUUGCCACUCUCCUGUCGGGACACAUGCAAGACCAGACGUUUAACCAGCAGCGACUAGAAACGUAUCUGGCUACCUCUGAUGCAGGGCCAGGCGGACACCUAUCGUGGUCGCAAGACGGGAUGAGCACGCCCAUGUCUAAUAGCUCAUCGUCGCCAAAGACACUGGCCACGCGCUUGAAGAUCCUCGAGAUUUACACGCUACAUGUAUUACCUGCGAAUGGAGAGUGGGAGUACUCGCGCUCAUUCAUCGACAUGAGCGACAUGCUGGACGAGGAGCGGAAAGAGGCGUUUCUGAACGCGCUGCAGAAUCUCAAAGCAGAGAAGGACGGGCUGUCAGAGCGGCAGCGAGAAUUGGAAGAGCAGCGAGAGCAGGAAAUGGAGCAGCAGCGAAGAGAAGAGGAGGAAGAGCGCAGGAGAGCAGUGGCGGAAGAAGAAGCGCGGAAGCAAGAAGAGCAACGCCGACACGCGGAAGCGGAGAAGCAAAAGGCCACGAGAACAGUCAACGGCUCGGCAAGCAGCCAGAAACCGGUUGCUAAACCGUUGCCCACUCCGGCACCUUCAGCACCUUCAUCCCGUCCCUCCUCAAAGGCGCAACGAAAACAGCCUGCUGCCCCAUCACCCCCACCAACCUUCUACCGCCGCGCCUCAUCUCUUCUCCUCAAUUUCCAACAUCUCGUCGUCAAGGCCGGCCAAGGCAUGAACACCAUGGCCAUCCUGCGCUUACUGAUGUUCAUCGCCGCUUUUUUGCUCCUCAUUGCCAGGCGUGAUUUGCGCAUGAGGAUCCGAAGGGGAAUGGAGGAUGGAUGGGUGAAGAUCAAGCAGACUGUGGGCAUGGGUGUGAAGGUAUCCUAUAUCUGACCGACUUUCUGACUGUUGGCACGAGGCGCCAUUUGAACGAGACAUCUACGAUCUGGAUAGUGGAACUCCGGCGCGCGCAUAGGAUGAUCAUAGCACGACUUCUUGCGAUCAUGACCGACAUAGUGGCCGCUUCAUUCAGCCACACCUGUAUGGACAGCAGUCACCAUUCCCCUCUCAUCUCGCCAUAAACUGCACAAACUCCCUACCCACCUCCGACCCCCUAAACCCA